AUGGCCACAAAACACAGCCCAGAUCUGGCCCCUAGCCUUCAGAAAGCCCCUUCAGGAGUUGUGCGUCCCAGAAGUGGCGCUGAAGCUCCCCCUUUGACUCGGAGGAGGAGCAAGAGGGAGAGGGGGCUCCGAGGGUCCCAGAAGGGCAGUUCUGGGAAGCAGACCCCUGUUCAGGGCUCCGAGGCCCCAGGAAGCAGCAGGAACCCCUCCAAGACAAGAGAGGGGCACGAGCCUCCCCCAGCGCCCCCUGCGCCAGCCUCUCGCCGCCAGUCCCACCGGCAUCGUCCUGCCACCCAGCAGGAUGCUGCACAGAGGACAUACGGACCCCUGCUCAACCGCAUCUUCGGGAAGGACCGUGAGCUGGGCCCUGAGGAGCUGGAAGAGCUCCAGGCUGCCUUCGAGGAGUUUGACACUGACCAGGAUGGCUGCAUCGGCUACCGGGAGCUGGGUGACUGCAUGAGGACCCUGGGUUACAUGCCCACAGAGAUGGAGCUCAUCGAGAUCUCACAGCACGUGAAGAUGCGCAUGGGUGGCUUUGUGGACUUCGAGGAGUUCGUGGAGCUGAUAGGCCCAAAGCUGCGGGAGGAGACGGCACACAUGCUGGGGGUGCGAGAGCUGCGUAUCGCCUUUCGAGAGUUUGACAGGGACAGGGAUGGACGAAUCACAGUGGCAGAGCUGCGGCAGGCGGCACCAUCUCUGCUUGGGGAACCGCUAGAGGGGACUGAGCUGGAUGAGAUGCUCCAAGAAAUGGACCUGAAUGGGGAUGGCACCAUAGACUUUGAUGAGUUUGUGAUGAUGUUGUCCACACACUGA